UAAUGCUCAACGGCGGUAGCGCCACUUUGUCUCGCGCACUGUUUCGCAGUUAGUAUACUGGUCACGCUAACAUGGGUGUUCGUGGUAACAAGAAACACUUGAAGAGGUUAAAUGCUCCAAAGCACUGGAUGUUGGAUAAGCUGGGUGGCAAUUUCGCCCCCAGACCAAGCACAGGUCCUCACAAACUUCGAGAGUGCCUGCCCCUCAGUAUAUUUUUACGAAACCGACUUAAAUAUGCACUGACUUACUCAGAAUGUACAAAGAUCUUAGCUCAGCGUUUGAUUAAAGUCGAUGGAAGGGUGCGUACAGAUAAGAAGUACCCAGCAGGAUUCAUGGAUGUUAUCACAAUCGAGAAAACAAACGAACAUUUCCGUUUGAUCUAUGAUGUUAAGGGCAGAUUCGCUAUUCAUCGUAUCCACCCUGACGAGGCAAAAUACAAGCUAUGUAAAGUGAGGAAAGUGCUUGUUGGUCAUGGGGGUGUACCUUUCAUUGUUACCCAUGAUGCCAGAACAAUCAGAUACCCAGAUCCUAACAUCAAACCUAAUGACACUAUUCAAGUGGACAUUGCCACAGGAAAAGUACUGAAUCACAUUAAAUUCGAGCCGGGCAACAUCUGUAUGGUUACUGGCGGACGUAAUUUGGGACGUGUGGGGACCAUCACCCAAUGGGAACGCCAUCCUGGAUCUGUCGAAAUGGUUCACGUACGUGAUAGCACGGGACACCAAUUUGUAACCCGUUUGAAUAACAUUUUCAUUAUCGGGAAAUCGAACAAGGCAUGGGUUUCCCUACCUAAGGGUAAAGGAAUACGGUUAUCUAUAAUGGAAGAUCGCGAAAAGAGAAUUCGGGCUAGGCGUCUUGGCCAUUAAAUUGCAAUAAAGUUUAUUUCGG